AUGGUGUCUGCUACCCAGACGUUCAGCAAUACCGGAAAGCUUGCAGGCUGGGAUGCGCAGACAAUCGAGAAUAAAGGCAGUAUUCAGGAAGUCAGCAAUGUUUUCUACAAGGGCCCGUCCGCCCUCAAGAUGACUCAAAUUUAUGAUCCCAACUGGACCGGUCGCUUCCACUCAGAGAAGUCUAAGUCUGCUGCCUACAAGCUCGGCAACGAAGGUUUCUAUGGGUUCGCCUUCCGCCUGCAGGACGACUGGCAAUUCUCUCCAGCCCAGUCGUACAAUCUGGGCCAAUUCAUUGCCGAUUUCACGGAUACUGGAUGCGAUGAUUGGAUGCCAUCCAGCAUGAUCUGGAUUGUUGGCGACCAGCUCUAUACUCGUCUGAAGUACGGUACGGUCUGCGAGCAGCAAAUCCGGACUUUCAGCAAUAUCGCUACCGUGACACCAGGAACUUGGCAUCGGGUCACCAUCCAGGCCAACUGGCAGUCUGACAACACCGGCUUCUACAAGGUCUGGUUUGAUGGCCAGAAGGUUGUCGAAGUGUACAACGUACCGACAAUGAUCAACGAUGCUCGACCAUUUGACUACCAUGUUGGUAUCUACGCGAACGGCUGGCAUGACGAUGGUGGCAUGAAAGGAAGCCAAGGCACACGUCAAAUCUGGUUUGAUCAGAUUUCUGCCGGCACUUCUUUUGCCGAUGCAGACCCUGCUGCUUGGUAG